AAUAAAUGUCAUAGAGUGUUCUCUAUAAGACAGCAUAAGGAGGUGUUUUAGUUUUCUUGUUCCUCUUCUCCUCAUUGAAAGUACCUAGAAUAUCCAUGUCCCUAAGUUAAUCAAUUAAGGGAUCUAUUACAAAAGUUGGCGAGCCAGGCCAGGAGGAGUAGAUGGAAAAUUAGUUGAAAACACUUCCAUUUAGCUGAUUUUUGUUAGUCUUUGUUUAACAUUUCACAGCUGUUGGUUAUUGAGUGUUACCGUUUUUCACAAUGUAUGCAGAACAGGAAUAUGGUACUGAUAUGAAGAAGUGUGUAUACAUUGAAGGAAUUACAGCAGCAACUACUGAUGAUCAAAUUACUGAAUUUUGUAUGCAAUUUGGCUGUGUUGAUAAAGUUCUUAGAGUAAGACAGACAGGGCAAGGUACUGGUGUUAAAGCCCUGGUGGAGUUUGAAUCUGAAGAAACUGUCAUAAAGUUGGCUUCCACCCUCCCUCUGUACCAUCCCAGCGUUUCGAACCCAGACAUUAUGUGGCGUGUAGAUGGUGCCAGUAAAACUGCUCAGUCUUCAAAGACAAUGUCACCCACACUUUUCCCACGCCAACAAAGUGACAGUUCUCGCUCAGAAAAUGAACCAGAUUCUGAUAAUAGUUGGACACCCCUGCUACGUAGACAGACUGCAAAGAAUAAAGAGAUUGAAGAGGUUGUAGCUGAAACCACUUCUAAAGUAAAAGGACAGAGAACGGUCUCCAAGCCAACUCACCCUGUCUCUCAACUAACAUUAGACAGUGAUGUGUACAACCCUCCUGAAGUCCAAAAGAUAAUCGUGGAGCAUGUCAUCAAAAGCGAUGCCCCUCCCACUCCAAGUCAAGGCUCUAAAGGUCUUCGCCCAUUUUCAGGAAGAGUUCCUAAACCCCAAAAUGAAGUAGAUUUUGAGACGUGGUCACUUCAUGUGGAACUCAUGAUUCAAGAUAAUCUUCCACUUGAUGUACAACGCCGUAAGAUUCUUGAGAGCUUACUCCCCCCAGCUUCUGACUUGGUGAGGCAGCUUGGCCCACAUGCGGCUCCUCGUGAAUAUGUCAAGCUUCUUGGCUCAGCUUAUGGAUUAGUUGAGGAUGGGGAGGAAAUUUUCGCAAGGUUUCUGAAUACCCACCAGAACACAGGGGAAAAGGCAUCUGAGUAUCUUCAGCGGUUGCAGGUGUUGCUCACCACAGCUGCACAGAGGGGUGGUGUGAGGAGUUCAGAGACUGGGAAACACUUGCUGAGACAGUUUCGCCACGGCUGCUGGGAUCAGUCCCUCAUCUUAGCAUUGCAGUCUGAACUGAAUUCAGAUACAGCUCCUGAUUUCUCUGAUUUUCUUCUACAGUUACGGACUGAAGAAGAUAGAAGGGCUGCAAAAUUUGAUCGAAUGAACCGUCAUUUAGGGAGUGCAAAAGCUAAAUCAUCCGUACACAUGCAGCUGGUCCCAGACAUGUCUUCCACGCAUGAUGAGAAUACCAGUGUACUUCAAACAUACAUCACUGAAACAGAGGAUUUGAGGAGGCAGGUAACUGAGUUAAAAAUGCAACUUAACAAAAAGAAAGAGCAAAGGAAACAAAAACAUGCUGAAAAGAGAAAUCCCACCCUAAAUGCCUCCGCUAGUAUAACUCCAGUUGCAGUACAAGCCCAACAAAUGGCACCUAAACCCAGACCAAAACCUUGGUUCUGUUUCAAGUGUGGUAAUGAUGGACAUAUAACCAGAGAGUGUGAAGGUCCUCCAAAUAAGAUCUUGGUUGAUCAGAAAUACAAGGAGUUGAGAGAGAGGCAAAGAGAGUGGGAAGCCAAAUAUGGUCAUUUAAACUGGACCGGGUCGCAGUGGAGGGACUGACUGCACCCAAGAAUGAGCGAGGAUGUCCCAUAAGAUUUCAGGACAAAGAAAAAGUCACAUGUGAAAGCCAUUCCCAAGCCCAAUUACUCUUUGACUGUCUUCCAAAAAGGCUUAUUGGCCCAAAGUGUACUGCAGCAGUCUCCAUUGAAGGGAGUCAGUGUAACAGUCUACUUGAUUCAGGUUCCCAAGUAACCACAGUAUCAAAGUCAUUUUAUGACAGGAACCUUUCCAGUCAGAA